GGCCCUGAUCCCCAGCUAGCCAGCUCAUCCCCCAAAUGGCCAAAUCUUUGUGCUCCACCAAAACGCAGGUUGCCGAAUCGAGCGUAGCAGAAUCGAGCGGAAGGCGGCGCAGCUCGCGGCAGGCGCCUAGACUUUGGGUGAGGGCACGAGCGGCACCACCUGACGAACGGAGAAGUCGGCGACACAAGACACAAGACUACCCUAGCGUCCGUGUCGUGGCUUGCGGCGGUUGAGCCGCUCCCCGAAUCGAUCCGCCUCCAUGCCUGCUAAUCCUCCGCCUCCGCCUCCCGGGUCGUCGUCUUCGGCUCCGGCGGGGGCCAGCUACUUCCCGCUCCCUUUCCACCUGCAGCAGCACCAGCCGCAGCCGCAGCCGCAGAUGCCGCCGCCGAUUGCCGCGAGCAGCUACCAGCAGUACCAGCAGCAGCUGCAUCAGGCGCACCAGCUUUUCCAGCGGGACGCGCAGACCAUCACCCCUGAGGCGCUACUGAGCGUCAAGGCUGCCCUCGCCACCAGCGACGUCCUCGACCCCGCCGUCGCCGCCAGCGCCAGGCCCUCCGAUGCCUCCACCAGCAAGAAGCCCAUCCCCCGCCGCGCCGCGGGACAAUCCUGGGAAGACCCCACCCUCACUGACUGGCCCGAAAACGACUAUCGGCUAUUCUGUGGAGAUCUAGGGAACGAAGUUAAUGACGAUGUUCUCUCCAAAGCAUUCUCACGGUUCCCCUACUUCAACAUGGCAAGGGUUGUUCGGGAUAAGAGGACUGGUAAAACUAAAGGUUAUGGAUUUGUGAGCUUUUCAAACCCUACUGACCUGGCUGCGGCAAUAAAAGAAAUGAAUGGAAAAUAUGUUGGGAACCGCCCUAUUAAAUUGCGUAAGAGUAAUUGGAAGGAGAGGACAGAUGUUGAGGCUCUAGAAAGGCAAAAGAAUCAUGUCCAGAGGAAGCCUAAAAUGCCUAAGAAGGGUAUUCUCCACAAGUAAAGCUAUGUCGGCCCUACCGAGGGUGAGCCCUGCAGAUGGCAACUUGCCAUGUUCCUGCACCGUUUUGCUUGGCCGUACCCAGGGUGGCUCCCGUAGUCCCCCCCCCAGAUGCAAUCUGCAAGAGCUGUUACUUCUUUGGUGGAAAUGGGAAAUGAGCUGCUGCCUUUCGGUUCCCUUGGUCAGUGUGGAACCGUCCCCAGGCUUGUAACAUAAAACCUAGCCUUAGGUGCCACUAUACACAAUUGGUGCCCAUUUUGCUGUUUCUUUUUCUUCCAUUUUGGUAUUUCAUUUUUAAUAGUUUUGCGUUCAUAUUCCUUUGAUAUGCUGGAGCAAUGUGGUGACUAAUGAUUAAUGAGGGCUUUGACUUGAUGAGAUGGUGGCCCGUGUUGGGAGCGGAAGAAGACAACCAAAUGUACUUUUCGCAUUAGGUUUCA